UACAGGAGGAUCAGAUGUGGCGUACGCGGCCGUGUGGCACGGGCUUGCGUCAGUGUCUACCCGAUAGGCGUACGACUCCCUUGGUGCGAGAUGUCCGAGUCCGAGCCCAUGGACAUGAUGGUAUAAGUUAUACAGCCUCGCCGGCAAAGGCAGCUGGUCUAGAUAGCCAUUAUCAAACUCAUCAACUCGUCCAUCUUGCUACACUUCACUCUUUACCACUUUUCGCCCGUACUCCACCGCAACCAUGACCACGGUCGUCACCAAGUACAACGACCAGCUGCCCCAGGGCCAGCACCAAGAACAAGACAGCCCCCCAGAGUACAUGGCCGAGCCAACAAUCACCCGUCGCCCAACCCUCGGCCAACGCCUACACCGCUUCUCCUCCCGCGCCGGCACCCCUCUAAACAAGGCCUCCAACAUCCUCGGCGCGGAGGGCUGGUGGCCCACCUCCCUCGAGAAGGAGUCCCUGAAAGCAGCCCGCAUCCUCUACUCCUUCACCAACCUCGCCGUCGCCACACCACCGCCCCCAAAGGCCGGCGGACCCAAGCACCCCAUCGGUCUCAGCAAGAAGAAGCUCGUCAAGAUCCCCGUCCACGUCCUCCGCAACUGCGCCGGGCUCGCCAUCUUCAACACCAUCCGCGCGGGCGCCUGGCACGGCAGUGUGAGUGGUGGCUCGGGCGUCGUCAUUGCUCGUCACGCGGACGGUACCUGGUCUCCGCCCUCUAGUUUCAUCGUGUCCAGUCUCGGGGCAGGCUUCGUCUUUGGUCUCGACGUCUACGACUGCGUCUGCGUCCUUAACACACCCGAGCAAGUCGACGCCUUCACGAGGCCUCGCCUCGCCCUCGGUGGCGGCGCUAGCAUCACAGCCGGGCCUGUGGGAGGGGGUGCGUCCCUGGCGUCUGCUGUGAGCAAGGAUGGCAGGCCCAUGUGGAGUUAUAUCAAGUCCCGUGGACUGUGGGCUGGUCUCUCCGUCGAUGGUACCGUUAUUGUGAACCGUGGCGAUGCGAAUGCGCUCUUCUACCAGGAGAAGGACAUCUCAGCACAGAGGAUCCUCAGGGGUGGUGUCGCAUGGCCAAUGGGUGCAAAGCCCCUCUUUGAGGUCCUCAAGGCUAUUGAAGGCCGGGGCGAGGUUGAUCGCAGUGUGGUGGACGAAGUACUCAGUGAACCUCCCCCAGGUGAUGGCGCGGCUGCAGCUCCGGCGGACUAUGUCGAUGUGCAAGCUGAGUACAUGGACGACAAGAGGAGCAUGGGGCAUGAUGCGGAGGUCCGCAAGGGGGACGAUCUAUAUGAGAACUCAGUGGUGGAUGAGAAGGAGGCUCUCGCCAAGGCUGGUGUCUGAUUGAGAGAGCAGCGACUGUUGUAGGAUAGGAUGCCUGGAUUCCUUCAUCGUCAUUUCGGAAUAGCGAAUGGUAUUAAUGAUGUUGAAGACUGUAGAAAAGAGUUCCUGGGCGUCACCCCUUUUCAGGGGCCAGU